AGCACUCAGCAGAGGUCUGCGCAGUACAAAACUCAAAAUGCCUGGGUUACUUAAGCUGCUGCUGUUCCUGCUCUAAGUGGAAGGUGCUGGACGAGGGCAUAAACAUGUCCAACAGCAGACACCCCAGCCUUAGCAAAAGAGGGAAAACAUGGGGAUUCUGCAUCCUCUUACUAUACACCACCCCCCUUUCCUGUUUGGCAAAUUUCAGUCAAGCAAAAGAGCUCAUCUAUAAGAUAAAGGAGGGAUUACCCAAAGGGACUUUUAUAGGGGCUAUUGGAGUAGACCUACAUUUAAAUUUCACAGUUGAGCCCCCCUUUGUUUUCAGUCUCACACAAAAGAAGGUCAGUGGUCAGUAUGUGAAGCUAAAUAAUACCACCGGGGAGCUCUACACAUCUGCUAAAGAGAUUGACAGGGAGACUCUCUGCCACGAUGGCUCUGAGAGACAAGGUUGCAUCCUCUCUCUGGAUGUGUUUGUGUUGCCUCAGCAAUACUUUCAGCUCGUCAAAGUUAAGAUCGUAAUAGAGGAUGUGAAUGACAACAGGCCAAAGUUUCCCACGGAUAAGAUUGUUAUGUUCAUCCCAGAAAACACACCAAUCAAUGCUCGCUACCCAGUGGAGCAGUCUGCAGUCGAUCCAGACUUGGGUGUCCAUGGAGUACAGACCUACUGGCUAGUUAAUGAUUUUGGUGUGUUCGCAUUGGAUGUUGAGGAGAAUGAGGGAGGAGAGCUGACACCCUUCCUCAUUGUGACAGAAGAUUUGGACAGAGAGACGCAGGAUGAAUAUAUCACAGAUAUCAUUGCUGAGGAUGGAGGGACCCCUCCACUUCUUGGUGCAGCUACUUUAAAAAUUGUCAUCACGGAUGUAAAUGAUAACUGCCCUCAAUUCACGGAGUCACAAAUUAAUGUCACAGUGCGCGGGAAUACUACCAAAGGGGCACAUUUGGGACGUCUCCAUGCUUUUGACCCGGACCUUGGUUCUAAUGCUCAGAUCAGCUAUGCUUACAGUGAACGUGUGCCAACAAACACCAAGAGUUUGUUCCAUUUGGACAAAACCACAGGAGUGAUCAAGCUAGCUGGGAGAAUAGACACUAGCACAGCCACAUUUUACAAACUCACUGUUUUGGCACAUGGACCUGGCUGUAUCCCUGCUGUUGCUGCUGUUACCAUCCAUAUUAUCAAAGUGUUUACUGGACCACCUGCAGUCAUACCUCGGUACAUUGCAUCAGAAAAGGAUGGAGUGGUGACAAUAAAGGAGUCUGAGCCAGUUUUCUCUCCAAUUGCUUUUUUUACUGUCAAAAACAUUGAUGUGAACCAAAGGGUGGACUGCCAUUUGGAAGGGUUUGGUCCUUUCAGGCUUGUGCCCUAUCAGCUGUUCAAGAAUGAAUACCUACUAGAAACUACAGAGCCCUUGGACUACGAGAAAACACAGGAUUAUGAGCUAAUAGUUGUUGCUAAUAAUUCUCGAGGCCUUGUCAUCAAGACUUUCCUCAAAAUACAGGUUUUGGAUGAUAAUGACAACGCACCAGUGUUUCAGCAACCUCUGGUGGAAAUAUCAAUUGAGGAAAACAACCCACCCAACACCUUUUUAACCCAGCUCCAAGCCACAGACCAGGACAGUGAAGGUCGAGGAGAAGUCAUUUACCUCCUUGGAGGUGAUGCCCCUUUUGAGAUUUUUGUUGUGGAUCGUGUUACGGGCGUACUGACUGUUGCCACAUCUCUUGAUCGUGAGGAAAAAGAGAAAUACCGGUUCAUCGUGAGAGCAUUGGAUCAGGGGACACCCCGGAGGGAGUCCAUUGCAACCAUAGUGGUGACUGUGCUAGAUCGCAAUGACAACUGUCCACGUUUUAUCAAUAAGGACUUCACUUUCUUUGUGCCUGAGAACUUCCCUGGGUAUGGUGAGAUUGGUGUCCUCUCUGUCAUGGAUGCUGAUGCCGGAGAAAAUGGCUGGGUGGCUCUAUCCAUCCUCAACGGGAGUGACAUCUUCAUAAUAGAUACAGGCCGAGGGGCACUGAGGGCGAGGACAUCAUUGGACCGUGAGCAACAAGGGACCUACCAUCUGUGGAUUGAAGCUGUUGAUGGAGGGGAGCCUGCACUCUCCUCUGUUACUAUGGUGACCGUUCUAUUGCUGGAUGUAAAUGAUAACCCACCUAUUGUCCUCUUCCCUCAGUCCAAUCAGUCAUACAUGCUGGUGCUACCCAACACAGUACCUGGAACAUCAAUCACUGAGGUGUAUGCAGUGGAUAAAGAUACAGGCAUGAAUGCCGUGAUUGCCUAUAGUAUCAUUAAGAGGAAGGGCGGUGAACCAGGGUCAUUUGACAUCGACCCAGAAACAGGAAAUAUCACACUAAAGAGGGAGCUCAGCAACAGGGGGCUCUACAGCCUCCUGGUGAAGGUCAGCGAUCACGGCCAACCUGAACCACUUUACGCAACAGUCAUGGUUAACUUCUUUGUCAAUGAAACAGUGAGUAAUGAAAGUUACAUCCAAAGUCUGCUGACCAGAGAGGCGGACAUAGAGGUGGAGGAGAAGCCCUGGUACGUUGGGCAGAUGACAGAUGGGCCUGAGAGGUAUGAGCUGUUCCCCUGUCGGCCUGUCCUCAUUGCUCUUUCAGUGACUUGUCUGGGUCUCUUCUUUAUGGUUGUCACACUGACAUCCUACAUAUGCUGGAAGAAGUUUAAAAAGAUCAGAAAAAAAAGAUCAGACGUGGAAAUACCUUUGAAGAUAAAAACAGACUCAGGGCACCAUGUGAACAGAAAGCUCAGGCAGGUCUCAAACAUCUGAUAUUCAGUUGUCCGCACAUCCAAAACCACAAAUGUUUACAUGAAUGUUUACAAAUAUGACAGCUCUAACACAAAGUUGCUCUUGCUUUUGUCAUGUGAUUAUUAUUGCAGCAAUAUAUCUAUGAUUGUGAUUUUGCUCUAUAUGUUUGCAUCAUUUGAAAAGGCAUGAAAUGCAUUCUCUGGUUUUCUUUUUCAUAUUUCAAAUGUGAUGUGUCAGAAAAGUAUUUGCAUCAUAAUAAAACUAGCAUUGUUAAAAGGAAAUAAGAGCAACCAAUUAAAUGUUACUAAGGUAUUUUAUAUGUAAAUAGUGUACAAAGUGUUUUGCAACUUUAUAUAUAACUUUAUAUAUAAAUGACAACAGAUACAUGGCCCCACGGUAACUUAGUUGGAGAAAGUACAAUUUCUUUACAGCAAAUGUCACCAUUUCAAAUAUUGUUGGAAAGGGGAAGAUGUAGAAAUUAUUUAUUUUUCACAACAUGUACACAUAAAUUAAUAAUACAUUUCCUGGCUGAACAUUACAGUAAUUGCUUUCAUGGGAUAUGGUACUGAAAAAGUACUGUGAAUGCUGAGUUUCACCAUCUAGUAUUGAAAUAAAGAGCAGAGCAAUUUUUUCCAAAGCUUUCAGCUGUGCUUCAUUUGGCUCGUGAGUUUUGGACAGGGACGUGCCUCUUGUCAUGUAACGAAUAAUAAGAAACAUGGUGAGUGAUUAGAUUCAAAGCUCCAGCAAAAUCCAAUCAGAGCAUCUUGAAUUUCUUCCUUCUUUUGUUUUGUUUUAGGUUCUUGUCCUUUAGUUGUUUUUUUUUUUUUUUUAGAUGUUUCAUCUAAAUUCUUGUCAUGUCCAAGAGCCAUCUAAAUAACUGCUGUACAAUGAACCUUCGAGGGCUAAAAGAUAAAAGUAGUCAAUGAUAAUAUAUAUGUAAACUCUUUGAAUGCCAUCUCAGGAGAAGAAAGAGUCAGUGAAGUUCAUCCAGUUUAACAAAUGGAACUGUGGCCAGAUGUG